AUGGCGGAGGUCAUCCCUGUGACCGAGUUCCCCGACUACGCUACCGACCCAACGGGCGGCAACCCAAUCACUCAUGACCUCAACGCACCUUACGACAAGGGUGAUCUCUGCUGGAUGCUGAUAUGCACGAUCCUAUGCUGGCAGAUCACGCCGGCCAUUGGCUUCCUCUACGCCGGAAUGCACCGCAGGAAAUCAGCCAUGACGAUGGUUCUGCAGUCGCUCUUUUGUGCAUGCGCCUGCGGUCUACAAUACUGGAUAUACGGUGCAUCGCUCUACCAGGCACGCACGACGAACCCCAUCCUCGGAGACCUUUCCCACGCGGCAUUCCACAACCUCUUGGCUUCUCCGUCCUUUGCGAACAAGGACAUCCCGGACAUAUUGUAUGCUGCCUUUGGCUUCACUUUUGUCACGGCCACGGCAAUGAUUCUAGCCGGCGCUAUGCUCGAGCGCGGUCGUCUCUGGCCUAGCAUGCUUUUUCUUCUGUGCUGGAACACCUUUGUCUACUACAUCCUGGCAUAUUGGGAGUGGAAUCCUAGCGGCUGGCUCUACAACCUGGGCCUUUACGAUUUCGCAGGGUCCGGUCCAGUUCACAUCGCCAGUGGCUUCGGGGCCCUCGCUUGGUCAAUAAUGCUGGGUCCCCGUAUCGACGACAGCACUUCCACAAGAAAGAGACAUGUCCCCCACUUCAGGGGCCAUAACCCCUUAUUGAUGACUCUGGGCACUGUCCUCAUCUGGUUCGGAUGGUUCGCUUUCAACGGAGGCAGCACGGCCAACCUCAGCUUGCGUUCCAUCUACGUCGUCGUGAACACCAACUUUGCUGCCUGCGGCGGUGGCGUUACGUGGGCCCUGUUGGACUACGUGUACACGAAGAAAUUCAGCUUGGUUGGCUUCUGCUCCGGCAUCAUCUCUGGUCUCGUCGGUAUCACUCCGGCAGCUGGAUUCGUCCUUGUAUACGUCUCACCUCUUGUCGGAAUUAUUACCGCUGUCGCCUGCUUCUACUCAGUCCGAUACAAACACCUUCUCCGCGUCGACGACGGCCUCGAUAUCUUUGCCAUCCACGGUAUCGGUGGGUAUGUCGGCGAUAUCCUGACCGGCCUAUUUGCUCACAAAAUGGUGCCGGCUCUCGACGGGGUAAGCGGGGAUACAUACAAGGGUGGCUGGUGGAAUGGGCACUUUAGGCAACUCGGUUUGCAGUUGGCAGGCGCGACGACUUGCGCUGCUUGGUCAUUCUUCGUUUCUUGCAUCCUGUUGUUCCUCAUCAACAAAAUUCCAGGCAUGCACCUGCGUGCUACUGAGGAAGACGAGUUGCGGGGCCUUGAUUUUGCGUACAUUGAAGACGUCGUCUCGGAUUACGACGAUGGUAACAUGCUCAUCCAUAACGGCCAGGUGGUGGAGACGCCUACUCCGGCCAGCUUUUCUAAAAGUUCCUAG